CUGCUGGUGUGUCCCCGGGCCCAGGAGAGGAGGGGGGAGGAGUGGGGAGAAAUAGGAGGCGGGUGUGGAUUUAUUUCAACCUUAAAUUGUUGUCUUUUUUUUUCCACGUCUUGCUUGAAGCUGGUUGGAAGGAGCUCCCUGCCUUUGGAAUCGCUGUCUUAUCUCACUCUGUCGGUGCUCCCUUCCUUCCCGCGGCCCCCGCCCCGACGUGCGCGUAUAGUGUAGCCUCACGCACACGCGUGUGUGUGCCUUCCUUCCCCCGAGUCCUCUAUAGCCGGGAGAGAGGGCGAGGAAGAGCUCCGCCUAGGAGACUCAAUGUUUCUCCCGGGCCAAGCGCUCCUUGUGCAGCUAGACACGAGCUACGGACGAGGACGGGAGGAGAGCCCCCAGCUUGCUGUUGCUGCCCUUGUUGCUGCUGCCGCUGCUGUUUGAAGAGGGUAUUCUCGUAAGAGCUGAAGAGCUGAGAUCCCAGAUGGCUAAUGCUAUGAAUGGCCGGAACCCUGGUGGCCGAGGAGGAAACCCCCGAAAAGGACGGAUACUGGGCAUUAUUGAUGCUAUUCAGGAUGCAGUUGGACCACCUAAACAAGCUGCAGCUGAUCGAAGAACUGUUGAAAAGACUUGGAAACUCAUGGACAAAGUGGUAAGGCUAUGCCAAAAUCCCAAACUCCAAUUAAAGAACAGCCCACCAUACAUACUUGAUAUUUUGCCUGACACUUAUCAACAUUUGCGACUCAUACUGAGCAAAUACGAUGACAACCAGAAACUUGCACAACUCAGUGAAAAUGAAUAUUUUAAAAUCUACAUUGAUAGCCUGAUGAAAAAGUCAAAACGGGCAAUUAGACUCUUUAAAGAGGGCAAAGAGAGGAUGUAUGAGGAACAAUCACAGGACAGGUAA